UAUUACAUGCAAGUUUCUCUGUCUUCUGGAUUCCCGAAAAUGGGAAGAUCAAUGUUGCUCCUCCUCUUGUGUGCUUCCGUUGCUUCUCUAUUAGCUCCGGGACUGAAGCUGCUGGCUCUAGCCCAACAAAUUCCAGGUUUCAUAAGCAUCAACUGUGGGGCCCCUGAUCCAUAUCUCAAUGACGUAACCGGGAUAUAUUAUGAGACGGACCAAGGAUUUACAGAUUCCGGGGAAAACAAGCUGGUUUCCGCAGAAUACAGUGACGAAUCUCAUCCUCAAAUCACCAAAAGUUUGAGGAGCUUUCCGAACGGAACGAGGAACUGCUACACGCUAAAACCUGAUGGAGGCAAGAACAGCCUUUACUUGAUCAGGACCUACUUCUGGUACGGCAACUACGACCGGAAAAGGCAAACGCCCACGUUUGACCUUUAUAUCGAUGUUAACUAUUGGACCACUAUCGACUACACAGGCGAUGUGUUCGACGAGAUUAUUUACGUGUCCAAGGCAGAUUAUAUACAGGUGUGUGUUGUGAAUACGGGGAGUGGAAUCCCUUACCUUUCUGCUCUGGAAUUACGAGUUUUGGGCAAUAGCAGCAUCUAUCGAAUUGAACCUGGGUUCUUGAGGCGAACUUGGCUGAUCGACGUGGGAACAAUCUCUUCAUCCCGGACAAGGUACCCGACGGAUGAUUAUGAUCGCAUCUGGCUGGGCCAUUCUCAAUCUGCUUACUUCACGCUUACGCCCAGCGUCGGAGCAUCUGCUGCGUCCUUGUCCGACAACAAUGAUGCUUACAAGGUUCCUGGGAAAGUUCUGAUGACCGCUGGAACCGCGAGCAAUGCUAGUUCCUCCUUGAGUUAUAAUUGGACGCAAUGGAAGCCAUACAGUUCUUCAGGUAAAUGGAUCUUGUACUUCCAUUUUGCCGAAACCCAGAGUUUGCUGAGUGGCCAACAAAGGGAGUUCACAGUUUCUGUCAAUGGUAAUCAAUUCACGAAGAGGGUGGCACUCGAGUACUUAAAGCCAGUGACUCUAGUCUCCACUCCAGUUACUGGAUCCCCGAUCGUCUUCACGAUCAGUCCCACACCUCAAUCUGCAUAUCCGCCCAUCCUCAAUGCCAUCGAGGUCUAUAACAUUGUUGGACUCCCCAAUGUACCAACAGCCCAAAUCGAUGUGAAAGCUAUCAAUGAUACCAAGGCAACGUAUCGAGUAAAUAAAGAGAGCUGGCAAGGUGAUCCGUGCGUCCCAAGCAACUAUACAUGGCAUGGUCUGAAUUGUAGUUAUGGAAAUCCUCCGAGGAUUAUUUCACUGAAUCUGAGCUCUAGCGAUCUGGUGGGGAGCAUAGCAUCCUCGUUUUCAAAUCUAUUAGCGUUGGAGUCCCUAGAUUUGUCCAACAAUCAACUGUCAGGAGAAAUACCAGAAACAUUGGCGAAACUGCCAAAGCUGAGAAAUCUAAAUCUAAGUGGAAACAACCUUACUGGUUCUGUUCCCAAGGCUCUUACAAUGAGGGUUGAAGCCAAGACAUUAAACUUAAGUUUGACAGGAAAUGCGAAUCUGUGCCGAGCUGAUCCUUGCGCGCAGAAGCAGAAACAAAAAACCAUCCUCAUUCCAGUUAUUACAUCAGUUUCAGGCUUCUUUGUAGUUCUCUUCGGUGCUUUGGCUAUUAUUUGGUUGAUUAAACGGAGAGCAAUAGCAGAAUCUAGUGAAAGGGUGCUGAGACCAAGUAAUCGACCUUUUACGUAUGAAGAGGUUUCAAUAAUCACUGGGAACUUCGGACAAGUGAUUGGUGAAGGUGGAUUUGGAAAGGUAUAUCUUGGUACACUAGAUAACGGCACCGUAGUUGCUGUCAAGAUGCUCUCUGAAUCAUCAAAGCAAGGGUACAAGGAAUUUCAAACCGAGGCGCAACUCUUAAUGAUCGUUCACCACAGAAACUUGGUUUCGCUGUUUGGAUAUUGCAAUGAGUCCAAGCACCUGGCAUUGAUAUAUGAAUACAUGGCAAAUGGAAAUUUAAAGCAACAUUUGUCGGGCAAUGUUAUAAUCCAUCCAACAGAGGACCAUCCGAAGGUCUUGACAUGGAGUAACAGACUACAAGUAGCUGUGGAUGCAGCACAAGGUUUGGAUUAUUUGCAUAAUGGUUGCAAGCCACCCAUCAUCCACAGAGACUUGAAGACUAUUAACAUCUUGUUGAACGACGAUUUCCGAGCCAAAAUAUCUGAUUUUGGCCUGUCAAGAGCUUUUGCGACAGAAAAGGACUCUCACGUGUCAACUUGUCUUGCGGGCACUCGUGGCUACCUCGACCCUGAGAUGCAGUCUUCUGGAAAAUUUACCAAGAAGAGUGAUGUUUAUAGUUUCGGAAUCAUACUCUUUGAGCUCAUCACGGGCCAACCUGCAUUUGUGAGGAGCCAGGAUGGCAGCAACAGCAUGCACGUACUUGAAUGGUUGACUCCGAUCGUUGAAAGUGGUGAUAUACAGAGGAUUAUGGAUCCAAGGUUACAAGGAGUAUUCGACAUCAACUCAGCUUGGAAAGUAGCGGAGAUUGCCAUGUCUUGUACACGACCAACGGCAAUUCAAAGGCCGGAUAUACAUCAUGUGUUGGCAGAGCUGGAGUCUUUGGUGAGCAAAUCAAGUGAUCCCUUGGAAAUGAGCUCCUUGGUGCUCCAAUCUGACGAUGUCCCCAUCGCGAGGUAGCAGAACUUUUGCGAUCCAGGAAAGGUUCUCUUCUUUUUAGGUUAUAGAUUACCUUUUGUCCUCCAAUUUGUACUUUAAUUGCAUCAUCCAUUUCCCUUUUCUUUCUGCCAUUGAAUCUUCCAAACAUGCUGUCUGGUAACGACAUCCUUUCGUCCUUUGUCGCUCCUUUCUCCAUUAAGAAUAUCAGUUCAUGGCA